AUGUUUUCCAGGCAUCCGUUCUCAAAAUCUGGUUAUCAGAUGUUCCAAGUAAUGAGGUUUGCUGUUGAGGAGAUUAAUAACUCUUCCUCCCUGCUGCCCAAUGUUUCUCUGGGCUAUGAGAUUUUCGAUCAUUGUUCUGAAACUAAGAACUUCCCUUCAGUCUUCAAUUUAAUCUCAGAAAAGGGAUUGCUAAAACCUCAAGAAAAACUCAACAGCCAUCGGCCUAAAAUAAUUGCUUUAACAGGACCAUAUGGAAGCACAAGAACUCUUACCGUUGCACCAUUAGUCACAAUGGACCUUAUACCAUGGGUUCAAUAUGGAGCUACCAGUUAUCAGUUAAAUGAUAAACUUCAAUAUCCAACUUUCAUAAGAACAAUCCCUAGCAACAAAGACUUGAUACAGAUGAUUAUUCACAUCAUACAGUGGUAUGGAUGGAACUGGGUUGCCUUUCUUGGAGGUCCAGACAAUUACAGUGAAGAUGGUCUAAGACUGUUUUACAAGUAUACUAGCAAUACUGGCAUUUGCUUGGCCUAUCAAGACAUUAUUAGGCUACGGGGAAAUCACAAUCAAACACUUAAAAAUAUCAAUAUGCUAAACAUUAAUGUCAUUGUGAUUUUUGCUUUACCAAUAUAUGCAGAAACCAUAUUGAAAGCUGCCAUAGCAAACAACGUCCGAGACAAAGUUUGGAUUGCUAGUCAAACAUGGUCUAUGAGUCAGCAGCUUCCAAGAGAGCCAGGAAUUCAGAAAAUUGGUACAGUUAUUGGCAUUACAGAGCGAUUAUUGUCAUUACCUGGAUUUGAUAAGUUCAUUUAUAAACUCAAAGCAACAACUAAUAAAGAUAAUAAUAGUAAUGUUUUAGUACAGGGGAAUAUUUGCAAUCAAGAAUGUAAGGAAAGUGCAUCGUUGACUGCAAAAGAAAUUAUAAAUGAAAAUCCCACAUUCUCCUUUGCCAUCUACGCUGCCAUAUAUACCAUAGCUCAUGCCUUGCAUAAAGUUCUACAGUGUGACGCAAAUGAAUGCCGCAAAAAUACAACCUUUAAACCAUACAUGCUUCUGGGCGAAAUGAAGAAGUUGGAUUUUCCACUCAGUGGCCGUACAGUGAAAUAUGAUGUUAACGGCAAUCCAACCAUCAGUUAUGCAGUCGUGCUGUGGCACACUGAAACAAAUCCUCCACGGACUGAGAUGGUGGGCACCUAUGACACGUAUCCAGAAAUUACUUUUGCAAUAGACAACUCUCUCAUGCCCUGGCGUAACAAUACUUCUGUUCCUUUCUCAAACUGCUCUGUUGAGUGUAGGGAGGGAUAUUCAAGGGAACAAGAGGGAUUUCAUGCUUGCUGUUUUCGGUGCAAAAAAUGCCCACAAAACACCUAUGUGGAUUAUUCUCGUGACCCUUAUACGUGUUAUCCAUGUGCAGAGAGCGAAUGGUCUGAUGAGGGCAGCACGACUUGUAAGAUUCGUUCUGUCGUCUAUCUUCAGUUCACAGAAAUCACCUCCAUUGUUGUCAUCUGUUUCACUGCAUGCCUGAUUACUCUGCUCAUUUUCAUCUUUUGUCUUUUCGCCUACAAUUCUAACACACCAGUGGUGAGGUCUGCUGGUGGCAACAUGUGUUUCCUUAUGUUGGCAUGUUUAACUAUGUCUAGCAUAAGUGUUUUCUUUUUCUUUGGACAACCCACGUCUGCAGACUGUAUCCUGAGAGAUUUUAUAUUUUCGUUUUUCUUCACUAUCUGUCUCUCCUGUAUGACUGUUCGGUCCUUUCAAAUUGUUUGCGUCUUCAAAAUGGCCGCCGAUUUCCCUAAAUUACACAGCUUGUGGAUAGCAGACCAACAUUGA